GAUUGAUACAUCGCGAGCGUGAGCUCAAGAACAUCGUCGCUAUAGGAAAGUUUACUUUAGUUUUCUCUUCGCCCGUUCCAUUUCAUUUAAUAACAAUCCUGGUUCUUGCUCUACCAUCAACAUAUCUCUUGGUGAUUAUCUCUUUAUCUUCGACUUUGAUGACCACUGUGGAAAAUACGUUAGGGUUCUCGUACUGGAAGGAAACUCCACCUGAAAGUUGGGAUCCGUUAUUACCACAAACAUUGGCCAAAAAACAGCUCGAGUGGCUGAGUAUGCAUGGAAAUCAUCAAGAACGACAGAGAGCCUUAGUGGUAUUAGCCAAGCAUGAAGUUGAUCUCAAGAAGAAUGGACGGAUAUACCAAUUUUGGGGUUCGGAUGUAGUUACAGAGACACAAAUCCGAAUGACCAGGUCGAGAUAUAAAUUGACAGUGGCCAAUGAAGUUACCGAGCAAAUGACUAGCAUAGCACAAACGGCAACCAAAGAUGUUAAAAGGUCCUUUCCAGGCCAUGAAGACGAUAAAGUGAAGCGCGUUCGCUUGAAUGAGGAGGUUUGUAAUUGUCUCUUGCUUAAAUGCGACGAUAGUAAAGAAGAAAAUGUUGAAGCACAUAGCAAGCAAAACGAUGCAGUUAGAAAUCUGUUAGAUGAAUCAGAGGAAUGCUCACAUGAGAUGCAGGAAAUUUUAGCAAACUUUCAAACGUAUCGAUGUGAAGCAAACAACAUCCUUUUAGAAAACGGAAUAAUGGACCUUAGACCGUCGUCUGAGUUUGUCCUUUUAUAUACCGAAGAAACAAAUUAUGAUAAGAUGAUUCAGGAUAUCUUUAACCCUGUUGACAAGCUUUUUCCAGAGGAUGCCCACGAGUUUCUAAUUAAUUUCUUUUUGGAGAAAUUGAAUGAAGACCAAUGGGAAUCGAAACUCGAAAGUUUGAUGGAAGCCAAUUGUGGGCAAAACGGUUUUUUAAAAAGGUUGAAGAGAUUGAUGCUGGAAACGCUACCAAUAUUAAUCCGCUCAAAAAAUCGAGACAUGACCGAAGAAGAAUAUAUGAAUACAUUCGUUCAUCCUGUUCUCAAGAAAGCAUACGCUCGAUUCACUCACAUCCCAUAUGUGCCAGGUAGCAAGGCUAUUAAAGCCUCUGCAUAUCGAAAAUCUCUUAUGAACCAGAAGGGAAACGCGGACCGUGCGGACGGCAUCGCAUACACAUCAAACCGUCAAAAUUCGUACGAGAUCGCCGUGGUCGAAGGCAGUAGACCAUAUGUCACCGAUCAAAACAAAGAGACCUCGGAUUUUAUUCAAAAUGCCAGGGCAGGGAAAGACAUUAUCAAUUUUGUCGUGACACAAGAAGUUAUGCUUAAACGAGCCUUGCCAUCCUCCUUUCGAGCAUUCAUGGCGCAGAGUUGUGAACUUCAAUUGCAUUUUUACUUUAUGGACUAUCUUGCACAAUAUCGAAUUUUCGAAAUUGAAACAUGCGAAGUGCCCACGGAUUGGUCUGAAACCAACUUGUUUCCAUCUUUUUAUCAGGCAAUCGUGACAUGGGUGUUGUUGGUCGAGGAAACUGACAAACAGUUCCAAGCAUCUAGAAGCAAAAGGAGCUCCCGUUUAAGCAACUCCCAUAACAUCCGGAAGCUCACUACAUUAACGCAUAACAAAGCUCGGCCAGGAACCAAAAGGGAUAUGAAAAUGGCCAAGCUUCUCUAA